GUGAUCUGGGUAUAGGUAGGGAGGGUGGAGGUGAUGGUGGACGAAGUCAAGAGAGGUUUUGAUUGGGGGGGGGAUGGUCGACGACUGUGUGACGGCGGGGGUUGUCGUCUUGGGCGAGGGGGGAGAUGGGAUGACCAUAGUGGAGGUGGUGGUGGAUGAAGGCGGGGGCGUGGAUGACGUGCUGGCAAAGAAAGCGGUGGAGGUGGAGGAGGAGGUAUUAAAGGUAGAUGUGGAGGCGGAGGGUGGGGGAAGGGUGAUGGAGGCCGAAGUGGAGGAGGGGGUCGUGGUGGUGAGGACUUGGAUGGUGCUGGAGGCCUGUUGUUGUUCGACGGUGGUUAUCCGGUUGGAAAGGUCGGAGUGGGACGCUUGGAGGGAGUCGAGGGUGGCCUUCAUGGAGGUCAUGAGGGAGAAGAGGAUGGAAGAGUCAGCAGGGGCCUCCUGGGCGUAAACCUGUUUGCCAGUAAGUUCGCGACGGAGGCUAUCGACGGAUUGGGUGUUGAUGGAGGUCAGGUUGAUGCUAGAUUUUGUGGCCAUCGCGUAGGAAACAGUCGGGGUGGGGGCGGUUGACGGAGAAGCGGGUGGUGAUGAGGUGGAGGCGGCUUCAGCGUCGGUAGCAGCGGGGGUGCGCCGAUAAUUCUUGGUUUGGUGUGGCAUGCGGGGGUUGAGGAGGAAGGAGGGGGUUGAAGGUUCUUAUUUCCAAAAUGAAGAGGAUUUGGAAAG